GGGCGCGCGCGGGCUAACGACCGUCUGCGCCGACGGUGGGCAGGUGGCGGGCGGCGAGUGGAUGGAGGCCUCGGCCCCCGGCCGGGCGCGGCGGGGCGGGCGGCGGGCCCCGGGCUCCCCGCUGACCCGGGCCGCGCUCUUCCUCCUGCUGUCCGCCUUGGUAGUGCGGGCGCCGCUGGCAGUUGGAGAUUUGAUUCGACUACCAAGAGGUUUUAGCUUGACCCAAGAUUCGCUGAAAAUAGUGGGAUCACCAAAUUAUCCAGUGAAAGUGUAUGUUAUGCUCCAUCAGAAGAGUCCACAUGUGCUGUGUGUAACCCAACGGCUGCGGAAUUCCGAGCUGAUAGACCCGUCGUUCCAGUGGCAUGGGCCAAGUGGGAAAAUUAUUUCAGAAAACAGCACCACACACAUAACGUCCACAGGCAGCCUUGUGUUCCAGGACUUCCAGGAGAGCAUGACGGGGGCUUACACGUGCUUCCUCGAGUACAAGCCUACCGUGGAAGAGGUGGUCAAAAACCUCCAGCUCAAAUUCAUCGUGUACGCAUAUCGUGAGCCUCAUUUUUAUUACCAGUUCACAGCUCGAUAUCAUGCAGCUCCUUGCAAUAGUGUCUACAACAUUUCUUUUGAGAAUAAACUUCUACAGAUUUUAAGCAAACUGGUUCAUGACAUUAAAUGUGAAGUUUCCUUACUGAAGUCUGAAUGUCAUCAUGUUAAAAUGCAAAAAGCUGGUUUUCAAAAUGAAUUGUUUUUCAAAUUUGCAGUUUCAUGUGCAGAUACUGAAAAAGGUGAAAAGGGGUCCAAGCCUUGUGAAGACCAUGACUGUGACUACGCCAAAAGGCUGUCGAAGGCUAAAAAUCUCAUAGAGAGAUUUUUUAAUCAACAAGUAGAAGUUCUGGGCAGACGUGCCAGUCCAUUGCCUGAAAUAUACUAUAUUGAAGAUACCCUCCAAAUGGUCUGGAUCAACCGCUGCUUCCCGGGGUACGGAAUCAACAUCCUGAAGCACCCGCGCUGCCCUGAGUGCUGCGUGAUCUGCAGCCCCGGCUCCUACAACCCCAGCGACGGGACCCACUGUCUGCACUGCAACAACAGCAUGGUGUUCGGGGCGAAAGCGUGCCUGUAG